AUGGGAAAAAUUCUGUCAAAACUGCGUGGUAAGCGUUCAACUGUGCAUCCGACAAAAAUCAAUAUUCUACCGGAUGACACAAUCUUACGCGAUAUCGAAGAUCUCUCCGUUGUUUGGCUUGAUACAAGCGUUAACCUAAGUGACGACUGCAUCGAUACUGAGCUCGAACUUCGUCGUUUGAUUACAUAUCUGAAAACCUUUUCGACUGUCGCCGAAUGCAGCAAACAUUUAACAACAUUACCAUCGGUAUAUGAUCGUGUUUUUCUUAUUGUAUCGGGAUCGUCGGGCUUUGACUUGUUGCAACAAAAUCGACAAAAGUUCGACGGCGUUGAUUACCAAACAGUCCCGAACCGUGAUGAACGAGCUAAAAAUGACCUUAUACACGUAUGCCGCAAACGAUAUGAAGGAAGCGAGGUUGGACAACAGCGUAUUACAGACUUUGCGAAAAAAUAUAAACAUGAUCAGGCCAUUUACUGGUAUACACUCGAUGGUUUCCUGUAUAGAUCAUUGAAUCGUGCUUUUCGCACGGCGGAUAUUGAUAUUAUCUAUCAAUUUCGAUAUAUAAUUGCUGAUCUUCAUGAUCAACUAGCGAGUUUACCUCGUCCAUCCACAGAUAAAAAACUUGUUGUCUAUCGUGGACAGCUUUUGAACGUAGCCGAGUUACGAACACUCGAAGCAAAUGUGCACAAAGGAUUUGUUGCUAUGAAUACUUUUCUAUCGACAACACCAGACUGUACCUUAGCAGGUGAGUUCGCGGGAGCCGGAAAGGAGAUACCGGACGGCCUUGCAUCCGUCGUAUUUGAAAUUACUGUGGGUGAAACACGCCAACCGUUCGCCGAUAUUGGUCAGCUGAGCGCCAUUCCCAAGGAGGAAGAAAUCCUGUUUUCAGUCGGAACCGUUUUUCGAAUUGAUGAUGUACAGGAUGUUGGUUCAGCAUGGUUAGUCAGCCUGACACUAACAACCGAAGUGGAACAAAAAUUUGACACGUUGGUCAUUCAUUACAUGAGUGAAAUUGGUCAAAAGCCGACCCUCGCUACACUUGCAAAAUUUCUUGUCAUGCGAGGAGAUUUCGUACGAGCUCAACGUUAUUUUCAAUAUCUGAUUAAUGAAAAUGGUCCUGAACUGGACGAUGUGAGUCGAGUGACCUGUUUUAAUAAUUUAGGAUAUAUUCAUCAAGAGAAGGGGGAACUUGAUCAAGCGAUGCAUUUCUAUCAAGCUAUUCUCGACAUUCAACAGCGGAUACUCGAACCCGGCGAUCAUCAGCUUUCCAAAAUAUACAGCAAUAUUGGUACGGUACAAUCAACACUGGGCCAAAAUGCAGAAGCCGUCAAAAACUUUGAACUUGCCCUGUCUAUCGAUCUUCUCUCGUCACCUCAGAACCAAUCCGAGCUCGCGACAUCAUACAAUAAUUUAGCUCAUGCAUACAACGACCAGGGCGAUUAUUCAAAAGCCGCCUCAAACUACGAAGAAGCGCUCAAGCUCGAGCUGGCAUUAGGCCUAAAAGAACUAAAACAUCCGUCUGUAGCCAUUACGUACCACAAUUUGGGUUCACUAUAUGAUGAAAUAGGGCAACAUGCAAAAGCAACUCAGUACUACGAAGAAGCCUUGACUAUCCAGAAGGCUUCCCUUCCACCCGAUCAUCCGUCGCGAACGAUGACUGAAGGCUGUUUGGGUAUGGCCUACCUUCAGUUGGGCGAUUACAAAGCGGCUCUCGAGAAGACUCUGGGGGUGCUAGAUGCAAAACUGAAAAUGCGUCCGCCAAACCUUCCUUCAGUUGCCGUUACUUACAGCAAUUUGGGUUUCAUCUAUAUGGAGUCAGGCGAUUACAAGCGUGCGGAAGAACACUUCCAGAAGUCUUUGAGUAUCAAUAGACGCCAUUUACCGGCUAAUCAUCCGCACACAGCUGCAACAUUAGUUUCAUUGGGUACAUUAUACACUUCGAUGGAGAAACGGAAAGAAGCGCUAACGACGUACAGACGCGCACUGGAUAUAUUUCUUCAGCAGGAACCUCCGAAUUUGGCUGCAAUCGCUAAGGCAUAUAGCGGUAUGGGUGAUGCAGAAAAUGAUGCCGACAAAGCAAUCGAACACCUUGAAGAAGGAUUAGCCAUCAUGGAAAGCAUGACGAUGGUUAAUAAAAGUGAUCUGAUUACGGCAUACGUUAACCUUGGAGAAGGCUAUGCUCGAGCUGAGCGCGAUGAUGAUGCACUUAAAUGUUACACAGCAGGUCUCGAACUAGCACGACAACUAACAGGUGAUAAGGGUGAUGACCCGAUAUUUACAACCAUCUAUGCAAACAUUGGUUCGGCUCAUGGCGCCAAAGGUGAGAUCACAAAGGCUUUGGAAUUCCUUCAUAAAGCUCUUGACAUUAGUUUGAACCAAUCGCCUCACAAUUCGCUUCAUCCCGAACUAGGAACGAUAUACAACAACCUGGCUGGUUUUUACGAUGUUCUUGAACAACACGAAGAUGCGAUUAACUAUUAUAACAAAGCGAUCGAAAUCUUUCAACAGCCCCGAGCUCCAAAUCCUGUUCUACUCGCUAAAACGUACGAAAGUAUUGCGUCGAGUUAUGAUGACAUUGGGCAAUGGGAAAAAGCCAUCGAAUAUUAUCGUCUAGCGCUCGAACUUCAGUUGCAAAAUUUGAAUGCAAAUGAUUCUGAUUUGGCUCAGAUUUAUGAAGUACUUGCAGUCAUAUACGAAGAACACGAGAAUUAUGAUACCGCUCUGACUUAUUUUCGUCCGAUGUUAGCCAUUCAGCAAAAACUAUUGUCGUCGUCCGACCUCGAUCUUGCAGAGGCAUUCGAACAAGUCGCAUCGUGCCACUAUCUCAACUCGCAAUAUCAACCAGCUCUCGAACUGUAUACUAAAGCGUUCGGAAUUCGUCGGUGUCAGAAAGCUCCACUGGCAUCUAGCUAUCAUGAUUUAGCACGUACUUUCGAAAAAUUGGGCAAUCUGACUAAGGCACUACGCCAUUACGAACUGGCCAUUGAUCAGCUCAACAAAGAGACCAAAUCCGAGGAUUACAGCGAAAAUUUGAGCAUGCUAUACAAAAGCAUGGGGAAUAUUCAAUAUCGUUUGAAGCAAUUCGAUCCGGCUGUUCUGAAUUUGGAACACUCAUUAGCCAUUCAGGGCGAAUUUCUGCAAGACGGACAGCAUAAUGAACUACUUUUCGAAACAUAUGAAAUAAUGGCCAAAGUCCAUGAAACUUUGGGGAACCAGACAAAGGCUGAUGAUUGUCGUACACGACAGGCUCAGAUAAUAAAAGUGAACUAG